UGCUUCCGUUCCUCACAUUCUCGCAGAGGCGUCCUCAAGAAGCGAGGCUGGUACAAUUUGUCCUGGAAGGACCGCUACUUUGUGCUCAAGGGGCAGCAGCUGGAGUACUACUCGAGUGAGGGUGCGUUCAAAGGCAAUGAGGUAGCGAAGGGAAAUAUUAACCUGCGCGACUGCCAUGUGUCGGAGCAUGCGGACAGCGAGUGCCUGUGGGCCUUCGCGAUCCAAGACGUCAUGCAGAAUCGCACCUUCUACUGCGCGGCAUUAAACGAGCAAGAAAGAGCGAUGUGGAUCUCGCAGAUCCAGCAGGCUUCGAAGUUAUCGAGCAGAAUGGAGAGCAACCAGCAGGAC